CUAAAUCUCACAUUACGUAGUUAUAAAUAUUAUGUAUCCAUGCGGUUACUAAAAAGAAACUGGUGUAUCUCAUAUAUAAAAGAGAAACUGAAAUCACCGGUAGAGGGAGAACUAUGCUAAUCUAAAAAAAUGAAUCAAGAAAACUAAAAACACGCCAAGUUCAGUUAACCAAAUUUUACAGUAGAGUUAUCACUCAUUAAAGAUUAAAUAGGCUUUGGACUUCCACAAAUUGUAAGAGGCAUUCAGAAUAAUGGAAUAUGAUGCAUCAGUGCUUACCACGGGGUAUUAGAAUGUUUCAAACUAACUCAUUUAGGUAACUCAAUUUUCUUGAAAUUAAUUUUGGUUAUAAAACAUGUGUUUAAACAGAAAGCUCAGUUCCUUUUCUGUUAUCUCAAAGCUUAUAGAGAACGUUUUGAAUUUUUAUACUGUUUGUACUAAAAGUUAUUAAAUUUAAUGUCAAAACUCCAAAUUAUUUCAUGUAUUUCAAGGCUAGAUAGAAACUCUUCCCAUUUUUGAAGAAACAAUUGAAAAGUAAGAAAAAUAAAACAGACAAUUCAACAAACAUUUCCAUCAUGUACAAAGUUUAUAGCGAAAUGGAUAAUACUCCAACCUAUGCCGAUUCGGACACUCCACUAAGAUCAAUCUUUCAACCGAAACAAAACUUCGUUGCGAAAUCUCCAUACCUCAACUUCGAUACAGAAUACAUACCUAAACCAGAAUUCAUUUUUCCUGAAGGAGCUGGUAAACAAAGGGAUAGAUUUGAGUUGGCUUUUGGUCAGAUUGGAUCUUCAUGUAUGUUUGGUGCUACAAUUGGUGGCAUGGGAGGCUUAUACAAUGGACUCAAGCAAACGACACUCGAAGGACAAACUGGAAAACUUCGAAGGACACAGUUAAUCAACCAUGUUAUGAAACAGGGAGCCGCGAACGCCAACACCUUAGGAGUCUUAGCAGUUAUGUACAGUGGUUUAGGUGUUAUAUUAGCAAAGGCACGUGGUGCUGAUGAUGAACUAAACACGUUAGCUGCUGCAACGGCUACUGGAAUGCUUUAUAAAUCCACAAGUGGCUUGAGGCGCUGUGGAAUAGGAGGGGCUGUUGGAUUCAGCAUUGCAGCACUUUACUGCUUCCUAACAUCACAGGACAAAUUGCAGGGCAUGAUGCGGUCCUACUCACCCGCCUGAUCCCUACCGUUUCAUAGUUCGUUUUCGAAAGACUACUCAGCGUUCAAAGCUUCUUAGUCAUACGAUUUUUAGUUAGCGUAUUAUCAAAAGAAAAUUGUGUAAAUAAUGUCGAAAGAGUGAUUGUAUAUCUAUGAGUCCUAUCGCCACCUCUCAGGAAACAAAGAAUUAUUCAAAAGUGAUAUGUAUUUAGAUAAUGAAUAAUGUUUCGAGUGAAGGAAAACAAGCUAGAAUGGAUAUCACUGUUUGUAUGUAAAUAUGAGUUCGCAAUAAAUAUGAAGAAAUUGUCUGUUGUUAUUUAUUUUGUUAAAACCUGUACCUUUAUAAAUAUGUUUUUAUAUUAUAAUUUAGCAAAUAUUUAUGCUGUUUUUUUUUUCAAUUUUAAUUUAAUUGGUUUGUAAUAUGUUCCUUAAAAAAUAUACAUUAUUUUCUCUGUCAAAAAAACAUUUAAGUUUAUGGAAAGACUCACUUAUGUGUAGUGUUUAUGCAAAAUAGAGACAACUUUACCUGUUAAACUAUAGUUUAUUUGUAAACUAAUGAUUUGAAAAUCUUAUUGUAAAAAUAAAGCUGUUUUAUUG